AUGGACCGACUGUUCAUCUCGGGCGAGGAGUGGCUCGGCUACGCACGGCCGUCCUUGCCGAAUUGGCGAAAGAUCGCCUAUCUCUUGCGAUACAGCCUGCCUUUGCUCUUCAACAACUACAAGACCGAAGCAGACAUGCUGCUCCCGUAUCUUGCUUUGGGCGCUCUUCGGAGAGAGCAGUAUCCCGAUGAAAAUCUUCUUCUGGCCGAUCAUGGUAUCGCCAACCACAGGCCAAGGAUAAUCAUCGUCGAUGUCGGCGCCCACACCGGCGAGUUCUCCCAGCAGGUUGUAGAGGUUUUCCGCAGCUUCGGCAUUCGUCGGCAUGAUGGACGUGCAAAUCCCGGCGAAGUGGGGCAGGCCUCCGUGCUCGCCAUCGAGCCAAGCCCGACGGCCUACUCUCAGCUGAUUCAAAAUGCGCGCGAGCAAGGUUGGGGCGACAGUCUUUGCGCUCUGAACCUUGCCGUGGCUUCUUUUCCAGCUGAGAGUGUCGCUUUCCAGUACGAGGGCAGCAUGGUGGCCAGUCUUUGGAGGCCUUCUCCCACUGUGCCGAAACCCGAGAAGCUGACGGCCGUGCAGCAGGAGACGUUGGACAGGCUGCUUUCUUCCGGCGUCUGCCAGUACCAUACAUCCGAGGAGAUUUUCAUCCUCAAGCUGGAUUGCGAAGGCUCCGAUGGAGAUGUGCUGAAAGGUGCUGAAAACCUCCUCAGAAAUCGCUCUGUAAAAUAUGUGCUCUUCGAACAGACGAGCAGACGCGAUGAGCCCGUCCUUGUGGAUCUGCAGGAGACGCUGGACAGCUUAUGGCAUCGUGGAUACGGCUGCUUUCUCAUCUCAGACCGGUUUCUGGUUCCUAUCAGCGGUGGCUGGUUCCAUCCCUUGUAUCGUUUGUCCUCCCAGGGAGGCUUCGUCAUGAACGCAGACUUCUUUUGCGCAAAGAUCCAUGACCCAGAUCUGCUGGCAGUGAUAGAGGGCUUCGUCACGCGAAGUAGUAUGCCUAAGGCCAAGGAGAUAGUCAAAACAGCCUUGGAACAAUGGCGCCAAGCACAACCAGAAUUGCGACAGUCUGUGGCGGAGAAAUACGACCUUGACAGGCUGCCCAGAGGGCAGAACCUCGACAAAUCCUUGCAGGCAUUUUACUUUGCGGAUCUGCUGCGCAGCGGAUAUGGAGAUCCAUCUUUGCUGCUCACGAAUCUGGAAAGGAUAGACGUCUCGCAAGACCUGGCUAUUCGAUGGUAUCGAAAGAGCCUGGCAUAUCUACCCAACGAUGGCUAUGCCAUGACCAUGUUGAUGAUCAGCUACUUCGCGUUUCUAGCAGACUUUUACUGGCAUGAUCGAAUCGCAGCCCAGUCCCUCCAAGACCACCGUUCCAACACUGAGGAUGCCAUCUUGGCCAAAGAUCAAGCGGUCGUCAUGAAGCCCUUCGCCGACUCUUCAUUCUGGGUUGCGAUCGCUGUCACGGGUGCUCUUUUCUGUGACUCUGUCACGUUAACCAUGGCGAUGCGGGCUCCGGACAGCGCAAACGAAACCACGACGCUGGUGCAGCUCCAUGCACAGCGAUCGCAGGGAGCUCCUGCGGAUUAUCCGAUGGAAGGAGCAAUCCAACGAGCUAUAAAGGCAUUCGCCGGCCGGCUGGAUAAGAGCGAGUGCAGGCUGAAUGGCGACGUUUUCGAUGGGUUUACGAACUUCAUGAUAUUCCCCAAGCUUGGCCAGAAGCUGCGCCCCUCAUUGGAUAGAUUUGAGCGGCGAUGCGGAGAGACGCUUCAAAGACAUGCAGAGGAUGUAUUGGCUGCAGCAGAUUCUUUUCAGGAUCUGGGCAAAGCGAGUCAGAAGAUCUUCUACCUGCAUUCGUUCCUCGGUUACCCCCGAGAUCCGAUGCAAGGCAAACUUAUGGAAGCCUGCCGCAGAAUUGCCGCUUCAGUGGAUGAGGAUGGCGAGGAUGGUGAUGUUGAAGAUGUCCUGUCUACGGUGUAUAAAACCAGCUUGUUCCACAACUAUGGCCACGGCUCGUAUUUCAGCUGGUCCCACGAGAAUGCCAGCAAAGCCAUCGAGGAGUUUGAAGACCUGGUGAUUGGUUUCUUCGAUAAGUCGGUUACUGGGCUCAACCUCACAGAGUGUUUGGGAAGUCUCGGGUGGAAGCUUCCAAACAUCUACGAUGACUUCAUGGCCAUCCUCAAGACGAAGAUCCGGCCCUACCCGGACCCAGAGGAGAUGGAUACGAAAGUCUUAUAUCACACCAUGUACUUCGUGACACACCUGAUCUACUUCUUCACAGGUUUCGGCCUGGAGACCUUGAAAGGGGUUGCGAGACUGGAGAUGGAGCCAGAACUGCGAUUCUUGGAGGCAGCCCUGCCAUUGCUGUCCACAGGAGCUCAUGCACCAAAUCACAAACUGGAAGAGACCGACAUUCUCGGCGAAGUCAUCUACUGCCAUAUUCUGCUCGGGGCAAACGAUUCCGAUCCGCGAAUCCGCCAAAAGAGACUCGCGAUCGUUGCAAAACAGCGGCAGGACGGCCUUUUUGGAAGCAGCCCUGAUGAUGACGAUGAUGCUGACGACGACGACGAUGAUGGCCUGGACCACGCGACCUACAAUGCCCUCACAGCUUUGAUCCCUCAUUCCUGGUUCCCGGAGCCUGCGAGCACAAAAAAGCUGUCCAUGAUGACACCAGCUGCUCUCGACGAGCUUCUCGGACAAGCAGGCAUCCUCCGCCCAAGGCCCCUUUUCAACGGCUCUGUGAAGGUGCGGCGGCAGCAGCUCCUCGCAGAAGUUGAGGCGGCGCGCGUGCGCUACAGAGAUACCGGCUCCGAGACGCGGUUUCCCUUCUAUGGUCGCGACUUCGGCUAUGAGGUCGACUACAUGCUCGAACUGGGGUUACAGCCCGGCGAUCGCUGCUUUGCCGAGUACCGCUUGCAAGCCCUGCCGUUCACCCACGCCUGCGCGGUCGCUCUCCGGAGGCGAUCGACGGCGCAAACUGGCAAACAUCGCUGCGACGAGGAAGCGGUGAUCGAACUCUCGGCCGGUCAGAGGCAUUGCCGGCACAUGUCCAGGCCUGGGCCAUGGUGGCAGCCCUGGCGGCCC